CUAAAAUUUCCCAUUGUAACAUUAUGUUUUUUUAAAGAAAGAACCUCAACUAGCACUAUAAAUAGUCGUUAAGUAGACGAGGAAAUUGCAAAACGCUAUCACCUUGCGUACGUAGGAUUUGGUGUAUGUAUGGAGCACUUAAAAGGUUCCGCUCUUGUUGCUUUACUUGUUUUUUCUACUUUUUUUAUGGUGUCCCAAAGUCGAAAUAUCAAUAUCGAUAACUCCCACGGAGAAGUCAAGCCUCAGGGCUUAGGGUUGGACUUGGGUAAUAUAGGUAUUGGUCUUGGCACUGGCAUCGGUAUAGGGCUGGGCGGAUCUGGGUCCGGUGCAGGUUCGGGUUCGGGCGGCUCAUCAUCAAGUUCGAGCUCAAGUUCGAGCUCUACGAGCUCCGGUGGAGGAGGUAAUGCGGGAUCGGAAGCUGGAUCAUAUGCAGGAUCAGGUGCUGGUUCAAAUAAUGACGGUGGUGGCCACGGAGGGAACGGAUAUGGCGGCGGCUAUGGAGGAGGUUACGGUGGCGGCGGCGGGCACUAAGUAGUACCCGGUCGGCCGGUGGUAGCUAAUAACUACAUCGGAAUAUUAAAGUGAGAAUAAAAUGAAAACUUUAAACCAUGUACUCCGUAUUAAAUACUUGGGUUAUUAAAUAUAUGACGCAGUACGUUCUUAUGUCACAUACUCAUAUGUAGGUAUGCUUUCUUUUCUAUAUUAAUCGAUACUUAUAAAAUGAUUGAGUUUGUAGCAUUAUUCUACGUACCAUCUAUUUGAAUGAGUUG